CAUCCCUCCGUAGCCUCGUUCCAGGGUCUUCUGGGUAAUUUAAAAUUACCCAGAAGACCCUGGGGACGAGGUUGCAUCCCUCGAAACAGGCCCUCGAAACAAGAUUCACUUUGGAGUUGAACGUCAAAAUUCAGGGUUACCCACAGCCAGGCUAUCCAGGAGGAAUGGAUCCAUUAUGGGGAUACUUCUCAGCUGUUGCUGGACAAGACCAACAGAUUGAUUGUAAAGAGCUACAGGACUGUUUGACCAGAUCAGGAAUUUCUGGUUCAUACCAACGUAGGUCUAUUUCUGGUUCAUACCAACCAUUCAGCAUAGAGACCUGCAGGUUAAUGAUAACAAUGCUUGAUCGAGACUACAGUGGGAAAAUGGGAUUCAAUGAAUUUAAAGAACUGUGGGCAGCUCUGAAUCAAUGGAAGACAACCUUCAUGCAGUAUGACAGUGACAGGUCUGGAACCAUGGAGCCUCAUGAACUCAAUAAUGCCCUCAAUGCCUUUGGCUAUCGCCUAAGUCCCGCCUGCCUUGCUGGAAUCACAAAAAGAUAUGCCAUCAAUAAUUGUAUCAGCUAUGAUGACUUUGUCGCUUGCUGUGUUCGCCUCAGAGCUCUUACAGAUCAGUUCAGGAGACGCGAUACAGCCCAAAACGGCUACGCGAAUUUUGCCUACGACGACUUUAUCCAAGUGUCGAUGUACUGCUAGAACUACUCAAUGGUGCUGCUAGAACUACUCAAUGGUCUUGGAUAUGGCAUAGAAUAAAAGUGAAUCCAAGCAUCAGCCUGCUUAGGGAUACUCCUAGGUGUAUAUUGUCCUCUACACAUUCAUAUGUAACCCCCUUUUAUGUACCAAGCAUUCUAAAAGAACCUAAAUUUGCACCUCUUCCCUAAAAGCCUAAUCUUACUUUUGAGGUCACGUUUGUGGUAAAUAAUGUUUUCAGCGUGUAAUUAAAUAGACUUGAUCUUU